UAAGGUGGGGGGGGAAGAGAACGCGCACGGUCACGCGAUCUUUACCACACGGAGCGAGAGAGGAGCUCGAGCGGCGCCGGCCCAGUGAUUGUGGCUUUGCUGUCGAUGGGUUUGUGAAUGUGCAGAGCCCUCGGGUGUGUGUGGCAGGGAGUAUGUCAGGCUGGCCAUGGUCCUCAAUUCGCUGCUGAAGUUGGUUCAGAGGCAGAUCUAUACUUGUCUGUCACAUCGAUAUGGCCUUUACCUCUGCUUUGGAGGAAUUGUGCUUAUGAUUGUAUCUGCCUUUCAAUUUGGAGAGGUUGUGCUGGAAUGGAGCCGAGACCAAUAUCAUGUCAUGUUUGAUUCUUAUCGAGACAAUGUGGCUGGAAAAUCAUUUCAGAACAGAUUAUGUCUGCCGAUGCCAAUUGAUGUGGUGUAUACAUGGGUGAAUGGCACAGACCCAGGUCUGCUGAAGGAACUACACAGAGUAAGGCAACAAAUGAAGGAAGACCAGCGUACUGUGAGGGAAAGAUUGGGAAAUGCCACAGAAGCCACUAAGAAAAGUGAAAAGCAGCCAGAGUGCUUGUUAUCAAAUUGUGUAAAGGGGUCAAUGCUUGUUUUGGAUCCAAGCUUGCCAGCAAAUGUCACAAUCAAGGAACUGCCAUCACUCUACCCUCAUUUUCAAUCUGGAAAACAUAUUUUGCAAAUACCAAAGCCAAAAAACCCAUUGUCCAACCUUACUGUGAUUAUGUUUGAUAGCCAGAAGGACGUGGAUAAUGCACUUUCUGCAGUCCAAAAACAAAAUGAUAGACGUCUUGCUUGGAGAGGUUACUUGACAACAGACAAAGAAUCUCCUGGAUCAGUCUUGUUGCCGAAUUUUGCUUUUCUAAGUGGGUUUCCAGGAUCAUGCAAAGAAGUGGAACAACUAAGAGCAAAACUUCCAUUGAUUGUCACCAGCAAAAUGAAACAGCUGCAGCUGUAUUCUGAAGCUGGUGUUGCACUGUUGGUACUCAAUGAUCCCAAGGAUUUUAUGGAACUAACUAAACAGCCUAAGAAGAACAUGACUAUAGAAGGAAAAGAAUUGACAAUCAAUCCGAUUUAUUUACUGUGGGAUCUCAGUACUAUCAGUCAGUCUAAGCAGGAUGAUGAUAUUUCAGCCAGUCGAUUUGAGGACAAUGAGGAACUGCGAUACUCUCUACGGUCUGUGGAGAAAUAUGCACCUUGGGUUCGACACAUCUUUAUUGUGACAAAUGGUCAGAUUCCUUCUUGGCUUAACUUGGACAAUCCUCGUGUUACAAUAGUAUCACACCAGGACAUAUUCAGGAAUGUCAGCCAUUUGCCAACAUUUAGUUCCCCAGCUAUUGAAACACACAUACAUCGAAUUCCAGGUCUUUCUCAAAAAUUCAUUUACCUAAAUGAUGAUGUCAUGUUUGGAAAGGAAGUGUGGCCUGAUGAUUUCUACACUCAUUCCAAUGGACAAAAGGUUUAUCUCACUUGGCCCGUACCGAAUUGUGCUGAUGGAUGUCCUGGGUCCUGGAUUAAAGAUGGCUACUGUGAUAAGGCUUGCAAUAAUUCAGCUUGCGACUGGGAUGGAGGUGAUUGCCUUGGUAAUCUUGGUGGUCGUAUUGCUGUUGGUGGAGGAGUAGGAGUAGCAAAUGCUCAACUGUGGCAGCUUAAUGGAGGCUUUCCUGGUGUAUCCUACUGUAACCAAGGUUGUGCUAACUCUUGGUUAGCUGACAAGUUUUGUGACCAAGCAUGUAAUGUCUUGGCGUGUGGAUUUGAUGCAGGUGACUGCGGACAGGAUCACUUUGGUCAGUUGUAUGAAGUGACUCUUAUCUUUAAUCAAACUCGUUACAUCCUGCCAAAAGGUGAGGCUUUGCCUAUCUUCAGGUUUGACAGUUUUUCUGACAAAAUCAUUGAGGCAUCAUUUACCGAUAACCCAAUAAUUCGUCAUGCUUCUGUUGCUAACAAAUGGAAGACGAUCCACUUGAUCAUGCAUGGAAGUAUGAAUGCAACUUCAAUUAAUUUCAACUUGAAUUUCUUGGACAAAAGCGCCAAAGAGAUGAAAAUGCAACUCAUUAUAGAUGUCGACACAAGAGAAGUUCAGAAAUCAAAUGAGUCGACCUCUCGUAGGACAGAGAUCAAACCCAGAAAUGUCACUGCAGCACCAUCUGAAGUAGAAGUUCUAUUUGAAGAAAUUCCUCAAGAAUUGCGAUUCCCUAAAAUUCAUGCAAGACCUUUAGAUAAGGUGGAUGCCAUUCCAUUCAUUAAUGUAUCAGUAUUGCCUGCUAAUGUUCAGGAGGAGCUGAAAAUAUUGGAUACAAAAUUAAAAGAUGGUGAUAUCACUGUUAAAGGGUACAAUCGAACAAAGGCAUUGAUGUUGGAGCCCUUCCGAAAGCUUGCACAUCCUUUCGAACUGAUGGUUGCAAAGGUUAUUCUGCCACAGGACACAGGAUUAAAUAAAAGUAAUGACAAGAUUGAACCUCCAAGGAUUGCAGACUUGAAGGAAAAGACAUUUGCUGGCAGAGAUAAUAUGAAAAAGAAUGGAGAAGAUGCAAUGUAUUUACCCAAACGUAAUAAUCUCUUAACAGAAGAGCAAUUAGAGAAAGUUAGAAAAAUGAAUCCAGAAGCUAAUCGUAAAAUAUCUAUUACUCCCUCAGUUCCUAUGAAAAUUGAUGGGUUGUUAAACAGUACCAUCAAACCAGUGAUUGCCCUGCCUAGAAAAGAGAUCAGACCCACCACUGCCCAGAAAAUUCUUAAUAUUCUUAUUCCAAAUGAUAGUAUCAAGCUAAAACAUGGUCAGAUUGCUAGGGGAAUCGAAAGAAAUGUUAAAUACAAAGUCAGAGGAGGUGAAGCGUUGGGAGAUGCCAAUGCUGGUGCAGAAACUGAAAUGAAACAAGAAAUGGAUGGAGAAAAUGCAAGGCUUGCCAGCAGAAAGCUGCAGCAUUACAAAGGAUGGAACGCUGGCUUCUUACCUUGGGAAAAGCAUGGAUAUUUCCAAGACUUGUUAGAAGAGGAGGCAAAACUGGAGAAUGCCCUUGAGUAUGUAACUGAUAGUAAACGAAUGGGAAGAAAACUUCAAGACACUUUUGCAGAUUCAUUGCGCCAUGUAAAUAAACUUCUAAAUAGUAAAUUUGGGUUCACUUCACGGAAAGUUCCUGCCCACAUGCCUCACAUGAUUGACCGCAUUAUCAUGGAUGACCUUCAAGAAAUUUUUCCAAAGGAAUUUGACAAGACAUCAGACCAUAAAGUUCGCCAUCCUGAGGAUAUGCAGUUUGCAUUUUCAUAUUUUUACUAUGUAAUGAGUGCCCUACAAGCUUUAAACUUGUCCGAUGUUUUUGAUGAGGUCGACACUGAUCGCUCAGGAAUUCUCUCUGAUCGAGAAAUACGGACAUUAGCAACAAGGAUUCAUGAACUCCCUCUGAGUUUGCAGGACUUAACAAGUUUGGAGCAGAUGCUGAUUAAUUGCUCAAAGACCCUUCCCACAAAUGUCACGCAGAUCAACCGUGUUCAUCCCACCCAGGAAGCAUAUUACGACCCGCACUUGCCUCCGGUGACGAAAGGUCUUGUCAUCAACUGCAAACCUAUUACUGACCGUAUUCACAAGGCUUUCAAGGAUAAAAAUAAAUACAAGUCUGAAAUCAUGGGAGAGGAGGAAAUUGCAUUUAAGAUGAUUCGUACCAAUGUUUCUCAUGUUGUUGGUCAAUUGGAUGACAUCAGAAGAAAUCCCAGAAAAUUUGUUUGCUUAAAUGACAACAUUGACCACAGUCAUAAAGAUGCACCUACAGUGAAAGCAGUGCUUCGAGAUUUCUACGAGUCAUUGUUUCCGAUAGCUUCACAGUUUGAACUCUCAAGAGAAUACCGUAACCGAUUUCUUCAUAUGCAUGAGCUCCAGGAAUGGAGGGCCUACAGGGACAAGUUGAAGUUCUGGACACAUUGUGUAUUAGUAACUCUGAUUGUCUUUACAGUAUCUUCAUUUUUUGCUGAACAGUUGAUUGCACUGAAGCGAAAAAUUUUCCCAAGAAGACGGGUGUAUAUGAAUGUCACUCCGGAUCGAAGCAGUGUGUAAAAUAAAUUCUUCAGAAGCAUCUGCUUUCAUUCUUAAUCCAUAACUUCAGCUUCUGAUCAGCAAGAAUGAGAAUGUGUGUGCCUGUCAUUAGACAUUCAGGAGUAAAAUGAUGAGGAAUUGAAUGAAGGAAACAAGCGCGAAGGUAUAAAAUAAGGAAUGGAAUUUGUGGGUAAAAACCUGAUCAUGUACCUGAAUUAUAAAACUCCAGAAACCGAGAAUAUUUGCAGAAUGGCCAUGGAUCAGAGAUCUUCGUUCUUUGACUGCUGUCAGCAGUUUGGAUUUACAGUGUUAGACCAGUGCCAUUUUAACCUGUACCAACUUGGCAGCUGAAGCAAGUAUCAAAAGCACUGGGAACAGCGUGUAAUGAUGGAAAUUCAAGGUGAUGAGGGACAGCAAUGGAGCCUUGUCCCUGAACUCGCUGUUCAAGUACCAUUCCAUGCAAAUUUUCUGACAUUCCCCAGGGAAAUCAUGUCUUUGUGCUGGUGUAAAAAAUGUUUAAUGUAUUUGCACUACUGCAUUAUCAGAGAAAUUGGUGCAUUGCCCUUCCUACCGUGUCACAGAUUGUAAAAUAAGAUAGUGGCAAAGCUUUACACUGACUGAAAAACCUACAAAAAGCCCAGUAACUGGAGGAGCUGUUCUUAAUCUGCACGUCCACAGUAUAUACUCCAGUGUUCUAUGAAACAUAAGCAUGAAAACAAUGCUUUACUGUUACGUUCCUAGAGAUGUGUAGCAUAGCUUGCAUUUGUUUUAUGAUGCCUUUAUGUGGCAAUCAAAUAACUAAAACUGAACUGUUAAUGCUGCAUUUUCCUACGAAUAUAGCUGACUGAUAUAAUGUAGAAUGACUUAUGCCUCCAUAAUUUUACUUGUAACAAGUUAUUACUAGGUAAUUGUUAUACUGAAAGGAAUGAACAGGCUUUUACAUUUGAACUAAAUGCUUGAAUUUAACUAGGAUCUUUCAGUUCUCCAAACAUCCCAAAUAUAUACCUAAGUGCCUGUUUUGAUUGGUACAGUUCACAAUGGUGUGCAUAUAUUCGGGGGAACAAAUUAAUUUUAGAAAUUGGGUAAAAUAAAUUUAACAGACUCCUUUAUAGUUAAGGCUAUCGAUACUUUUAAAGAUAAGUUGUUUUAUACUUAAACUAGCAGAUACAAAUGCCUUUUAGCUUCAUUUGAAUGUAAGUCAUGUAAUUGUACAGUGACUUUUUAAAUGCAUUGAAUUUUGAUUUGAACAUAAAAUAUUGUCCAGCAAGUGACUAAGUAUUGUUUAAAUUAGAAAACUCAUCAGAUGCCUAAUCUGACUGAGCAUCAGCAAUCUUACUAGGAUCAACAUUUUUUUUCAUCUUUCACUGUUUCUUUUUUACGAACACUAUUGUGGUGGAGACUUGAAACUGACGCUUGCAGAAACAAUAUAUAGCUAUUCAAAUGUAGUAAAUGUUUCCUGAAAGUAAUAAAACAUUGUAUGUUGGAAUAGCCAUGAUUUUGAUUUAUGUUUGCAAAGCUUGCUUGCUUCCGUAUAGUGGUCUUACAUUAAAACUGUGAAAGGAUGCCGUAGUUAUGUGUGCCCUUAAGAUUUAAUUUGUAUAUUUGACAUCUUUUGAGCCAAUCAAAAUAGAUUCAAACUUGUUAAAAGGUCUGAUAUGAAAUGUAUGACGUUAAUCCAUGCACAAUUGCGGCAAGUUUUUAGCACAGCUGUUCAGAUGUCUAACUUUUUCUUUUUGUGGAGAGGCGGUGGUGCGUUUUGUUGAUUUUAAUGUAACUGUUGUACUUUUAAAAGGAUGAAAAUGUUGCUGUGUAAUGUGAAAUUAAGUGAAUUUAAGGAUCUUGUUUUUGCACAGUAAAGUAUUUUAUUUAAAAUUACCCCUGUCUUCAUUUAAAGAUGAAAAUAUUUUAUAAAUCAAGAAAUCAAAGAGCUCAGAUAUAACCUUUCACUUGGCUUGUGUAACAAGUGAUAAACUGACACAAAAUUGUAAAAAGCUCUCUGUUUUUAGUGACCACAAAGCCAAUAUAUAACAGAUUGAAACUAAAAUCGGAUUUAAAGUCAGAUUUUAGAUCCUCCAUUCUGCUAAUGUAUGUCGGAAAAUUACUAUAUCAGCACAGAAAACCUAAGACACAUCCAGCAUUCCCUGUCAUAACCCUGCUAUCUAACAAUAUUAGAUUCACCUCUCCAGGAAUCUAGGCCAAAGGCACGUUCAAAACUAUUGCUAUUAAUCACUGCUCUUCUGCAGAAUUCUCAGCAUCUGUCAUUCACACUGUGGCCAGCUCUGCAAUAGUUGGAAUGAAAGUACCAUUAUAAUUUGAUUGUAUAGGCAAAAUGGAUCCCUCCUUCCAAAAAAAAACAUCAGACUUGACUUGCUGGAGGAUUAUGUGGGCAGAUCUAUGUAUACAGUACUUAGGUAGUCAACUAAGUCAGUGAAUGUUUGCUUCUCAUCUGGUUUUCUUGUUUUUUUGCAUAUUGCAAAAAUGUAGUUGCUGCCUUCCGCUUGAUGCGGCAAUCCCAUGAGGCAAAGGUUAGUUAAUGCGUAGCACAAUAAUAUUCUGAAAGCCACAAUAAAUUCAUACUUGUAUAAUUAGUAUAAAAAUGUGUAUAAUUACAACAUUUUCCUUUUAAUUAUUAAUCCAGCCACAGGUUCUUUAAUUUUGUUAUUGAUUACCAGCAGUUGUGAAACUCUGAGGAAACAAAGUACGUUUUUGAAAGGUGACUAAUCAAGUUAAUCUGAAUGAUAAAUCUCACUGUUUACGCUGUACUAUUUUACUGAAAAUAGCUAAUGCUUAAAUCGCAAAAUAUUCUUUCUUGGUUCAAUAAAACCUAAAAAUAUUUUUAAAGUA